GACCUGGGAGGCGCUGCAAUACCUCCGCCUGGCCAACGCCGACCUCCUCGCCGCCGCGCGGCUCGUCGAGGAGGAUCGUAACACCAAGGCCUUCAUCCUCGCGUCCCGGACCACCAAGACCGCGCUCAGAUGCGCGCAGUCGCGGCGUGGCAACCCAAGCCCAGAGCGUUCGUCAACAGGUCGUUCUCCCUCGCCGCUCGGAUGGAGCAGGUCUCCGGGAUCCUAGCCAAAGAAGGCCGCCUCUCCUGCACCGACGUUGUCAACCUCCAUGGAUUGCUCACGAACCACCGACCAAGAUCUCCAGGCCUCGCCGGAGUUACUGCUCCCCAAUUCCUCCAGAACAAGGUCAAGCAGCCACCAUUCGUGCGCACAAAAUCUCUGAAGAACAUCGUCGUCGACAAGAUCUAUGGACUGUACCUCCAAGUUCUUGCCAAGAUGCCGAGGGAGUUCUUGCAGCGGCGCUACCACAGGGGACUCCUCAAGGCUGGCCACUGCUAUGGCCCCUUCAUGAACCCUGCUCACAACAUCGUUCUCAACACCGUUUGGUAUGACACAAUGUUUCCUGCAGAGGAAGAGUACUCUGAAGUGGCCAUGAUCUGCUCAAGAACCCUUGUUUCUACUGCUUGCAGAUCUCUCCUUGGCCUUGUUGCUUAUCUCCGCGCCUGCUUUCCUACGGUCUCCAGACAGCAAGCCAUUCGAUACCUGCUCUUGGCAGAGGUGAAUCUACAGAGAGCAAUCGAAAUGGCAGGGCAAGAAGGCCACGCCAUGAAGGACAAGUUCGACAGGGGCAUUGGAUUUAAGGCCGCGGCCACCGCUGCGCAUCAUCCGGAUCGUGAUGCGCUGGUGAAUUUUUACCUGUCAGCUUUCUUCGGGCCAUUGCCACUGAAAGCUUGUGGUAGCUUUGAUGUGCAGCUGCUCUCGCUGAUGUUAUCACAAGAACCAUCCACUUCUCCCCAUUGUUCUUUUGAGACAGUUCCGGUACUUACCGAGGGUGCAUCCAGGUUAUUGUCGAACAUAAAGCAAGAUUUCGAGGCUGAGCAGAAUUUCAUUUGCAGCAAGGUGAAUGCUGCACUGAAGAAAUACACACAACGAACUAAGGGACCGGAAUAUGAUCUUCAUGUUAUCUGCGGCUUGAAUCCAUAUGUUAUCAAGUCUGGUGUUUCUCCUCUCCAUUAUGGUGAUAGUUCAUGCAAGAUCCGGUACAAAUCCAAGUAUUCUCAUGUCAACUUUUUGGCGAGCCCAAGAGGAUCACAUUCUUCUGACACAGUAAUUCCAACACUCUUCUUUGCUGAGUGUUGCAACGACAAUGAUAUAACCGAUGAACCAUUGUGCUGGCCAAUCAUGGGACAUCCUGGUCGUUGUUUCCAUUGCGAAUAUGAAGGUGUGAAGGUUGUGCAUCCUGAAAGCCAGAAAUAUCACGGCCGUGACAUUGACUUUGAGGAAAUGGCGUGUAAAAGCCAUUCAAAUGGUAUCGUCAAUGAAGAUUUAGUCAGUUCUGGCGAGAGUGUCACUUAUUCAGUAGGCAUAUCACAAGAGGAUUGCAUCUACUUUGAUUUCCGUAGGGAUGUAAAGUGCGCAAAUUUCUUGAAUGCCCAUGCUAGGAUGCUUGAACAAAGGCAUUGCUUUUGAUAUUUCAUAGUUUUGGACAACCAUCCAAGAUGUCAUAUAUACAUUGCAUACUCUUGGGAUUUGUGGAUCUGCCAUUCUGUGGAUUGUGAAUUUGAUGUUUUGUCA